AUGAAUGCUAACGUCUUUAGGAAUGUUGACUCCGCUAAAGUAUUAGCUUGCUCUGGCGGUAUUUAUGCGUUGAUCCAGAUUAAGCAACUGCUAAAUUCCGAAGUUCACAACACAUCCAUUAAUGAAAUAUUGGAUGACCUGUCUAAAAUGCCAAUUUUUGAUGUAUCUUCUAGCAACAAAAAGGCAUCUGACAAACGUGUUGAAAUUAAUCUGCCUUCUGUUGAGAAUAACUCCACACCGUCCCAAAGAAAGCCUGCCUCCGGCUAUUUCGACUUGAGUGGGUCUACUCUCACAACAUCUACUGGCACAUCAAAUUAUGCCCUAACUUCAACAACGGAUAUUUUAAAUCGUGAUACUCUUACAGAAAAUUCUGAAGUCGAUUUUGCCGAGCCUUUCCGAUAUUUCUGCAAUGACUUUAAUGAAACUACCUCUCAUAAUCCUUAUGUAGAUAUUUCUGCGAAGCACUAUGCUGUGAAUUCUUACGAACUACUAUCACGUGAUUCAAAUGCUUCGAUCUUACCUCAUACCUCCCCUUCUUAUUUUCCUUCUAUAAUCAUCUCUGGUCUUAGAGUUAACAUCACUACUUCUCAUGACCUCGGGCUUCCCGCAUUUUGUUUGCAUAUAAUUAAGUCAGCUCUUGAUGGAAUUGAUCUUUGGCUGACCAAGCAACGGUCCAAUUUUAUCCCAUCUAUUGGAUCAAGUUGCGCCACUCCUGAGGACGGUGUUGAAAUGGCAUUUCGAAAAUUCAAUCACAAUCUGAACAUUCAUAAAUCGGGUGGUCUUGAACUUGAUCUGCUGAAACUACUGAGAGUGGCUUUUAAUUUGCUUUUUUUCUCUUUGGAUCCCAGUAGUCAUCAUAUUGAAGGCACUUGUACAAACACAAUUCUGGAGUCUUCAAGAUUACUUGACCAUGAGCUUCCUAAACGGGAUCUUCUCCGAUCUCACAAUUUGCCCUCCUGCUUUAACGAAGUAAUGAUCCGAUGGGCCUCUGUUUUAUGUCGUUUAUCCGAAUCUUGGACUCGAGAACCCCCUAUUCCCAAUUUUGACCAGCUUUCUCGUGAGCGUCACCUCUUCAUUGGACUUUUUGUGCUCCUUUUUCGUUUGAUAUCAAAUCUUUUCACUCCAGAAACGUCUCUGGCUGUUAUACCUGUUGAAGCCCAAAAUCAGAUAUCUCUCGGUCUAUUAGACACGGUCCUACUAUUUACUCACUCGUUCGAUUUGGGAAAAUUGUUUACCUCGGACGCUCGCUUUCAUCUUAAUUGGUUUCCUUCCUUCUCUUCAAAAGAUCAGGAGGCUACAGGGUUUCUUGUUCAUGUGUGGGAGACCUGCCUGCAAAGAUCUAUGAGCCCCAAAAUCCGAACUAGCUGA